AUGAAAGCUCUCGUCUACACGGGUCCUGGCACGGUCGAGGUCCAGGAUCGCCCCAAACCCACCAUCCAAACGCCGACAGAUGCUGUGGUCCGUCUCCUACACGCCUCUAUCUGCGGCACCGAUCUCCACAUCCUCAAAGGCGACGUUCCGGGGGUCAAACCUGGCCUCGUCCUGGGUCAUGAGGGCGUCGGAGUCGUCGAUGCCGUCGGCGCGGCCGUGACGACCCACCACGUCGGCGACCGCGCCGAGUUCGUACGCGUGCCUCAUGCGACGCUCUCACUACACUCAUUGUCGCUGGCCAUCGACCCACACCACGCUGUCGCCUUGUCCGACGCCUUGCCGACCGGCCUGGAGUGCGGCGUACUGAGCGCCAACAUCCAGCCCGGCUGCUCCGUACUAAUUGUCGGCGCAGGGCCCGUCGGUCUCGCGACCCUCCUGGCCGCGCGUCUAUAUACGCCCGCGCUCAUCGUCGUCAUCGAUCUCGACGAGACACGCCUACUGACGGCCCGCAGGCUCGGCGCCCAUGCCACUAUAUUGUCGACCGUCCCGGACGCGCGGCAGCGGCUCCUGGACUUGACGCGGGGUGACGGUUUUGACGCCGUCGUCGAGGCCGUGGGCGUUCCUGAAACCUUUGGGUUGUGCCAGGAGGUGGUGGCCGUGGGAGGACGCAUUGCCAAUGUCGGCGUCCACGGAACCAAGGUCGACCUGCACCUAGAGAAACUCUGGGAUCGGAAUAUCAGUAUCCACAUGUCGCUGGUCAACGCGACGACUACUUCGCGACUGCUGCGGCUGGUGGAGUCCGGGCAGUUGGACAUUGGCUCACUGGUGACCCAUCACUUUCCUAGUGUGGAGGGGGCCACGGCCUACACGACCUUCCAAGCCGCCGCACAGCAUCAGGCCUUAAAGGUAGCCAUUGACUUUUGA